GUUAUCUACAAAUGCAUUUGGUGCAUGAGUUUUUAAUUUACAAUGAUGAAUAGGCCUACAUCAAGAUAACAAGCUAAUAUGAAGUCAACCAGCUAAUGAUAUUUCACUUAGCUAUAGUAUGUCAAGUUGGCUAGCUAUUUAUCCGAAACACAGUGGCCUGGUGUAGCUAGCCAGCUAGCUAAUAUAUUUUUUUAAAUGUCUAAAUGUAUUUACUUAGCUGAAUAGGUUCACGCCUACACCCACGCCCACAGAGCAGACAAUAUUUUGGAGCGAAGAGAAGAGUUGUCAAGCGGAGGCACCACUUCUAGUCGAAACGUACCGUUACCGAUAUGAGGGAGUGACAUGUGAUCUUUCCCCCGGUAUUCUGUCUGCUUUCGAACGACUUUGUAUUUUACGUAAAGUUCUGGAUAGGCUUAUCUGCACACAAGGAUGGAAUCCAUUGAAAGGACAGUGUGGUCAGAUAUCCAAGUGAAAGUUUGCGUUGUCAUCCCUCUGAGAUGAAGACUCGACUGACAGAAGAAUUUCUACUCUAUAACGGAGCAAGCAGCCUUUUGGAUUUAGUCUGCAGCAGCUAUUACGCGGCGCUGGACACCUGCACCCGACCUGGCCGAGACGGACGGCGUCUACGCCGCUGCCCUGGGAAUAAUAAAGCGCUCAGAAGCGCUUCUUGAACAGAAUCAAUUAUCUCGGCAAUCGUGAACAGUUGUCAAUCUUACCUCCCCACGGGCAGUCCAUUUAUUGCGCUUUGUUGUGCAGUUCUGUAAAUCGCGGACUGCAGAUAGGCGAUAAUGGACCACGGGUUGAUAUUGCCAUCGGACAUCCGAUGAUAUAGCCAAACAUAGGCUAGAUAAUGGCAAUGCCAUCAUGGGAAUUUGAAUAGUGUCAGCAUCAACUGGAAAAAAGUUUGUCUCUAAAUUCAACUAAACUUAAAGAGUUAAACAGGAGAGAACUGUGCCUCCAUCUCACCUCUGUCCAAAUCUGACCUCACAAAGCCAGUAUAAUAGAUCACGGAAUCACCAUGGGUGCAGUACUGUCACUGUCCCCUGCAUCCAGGAAGAAUAGCUACUGCGACACGCGCCCCGAUUCGCUCAACCACUACCCGAGCCUGAGCAGCCGAUCGCUCAACACUCAGAAAGACCACAACGGUGGCCUGAAACGGGGCCAGUCAAUCUUCCUCCCGGCGCUCACCUGGAAACGCCUGGUUGCCACCACCAAGAAACGAGGGGGUUCUAAAAAAUGUUCUGGGGGUUCUGGGUUGCUCGGAGACCCCCUCAACAACAACAACAUUUACCAGAAGGACCCGGUGUUACAUCUCAACCAGGAGAAUGUCAAGAAGUCUCUAUCCUGUGCCAACCUCUCUAGCUACAACAGGCCAGCGGGACUAGGCCUGGGGAUAGGCUUUGGCCAGGGGCACUGUGGCUAUGAGAUGGGCAUUAAGCCCCAGCAGCUACCCUCCGUCAUAAAAGUGCCCCAUAAAGGAAUGGGCGCUUCGUCCCCCAAGCGCGUCAUCAUCCAGGCGUCCACUAGUGAACUCCUCCGCUGCCUGGGUGAGUUCCUGUGUGGCCGCUGCUACCGGCUGAAACACCUCUCCCCUGCGGACCCAGUGCUGUGGGUGCGGUCGGUGGACCGGUCUCUACUCCUCCAGGGUUGGCAGGAUCAGGCCUUCGUGACGCCAGCCAACGUCGUGUUUGUCUACAUGCUGUGUCGAAAUGUGGUGGAUGGGGACCUGGUGUCGUCGGAGCACGAACUUCAGGCCACACUGCUCACCUGCCUCUACCUGUCCUAUUCCUACAUGGGCAAUGAGAUCUCCUAUCCACUGAAGCCUUUCUUGGUGGAGGCUGGCAAAGAUGCGUUUUGGGACCGAUGCCUUGCCAUCAUCGACGCCACUAGCACCAAGAUGCUACGCAUCAACGCCGAUCCCCACUUCUUCACCCACGUGUUUGCCGAGCUUAAGAGUGAGGGGGGCUGCGGCCCACAGGACUACAGCCGAGUGCUGGACUGGUGAGAGGAGGGGUAGAGGGGUACAACCCCCCAAAUCCCCAUCCCCCUUCCCCUAUCUGCCAAACAUUUCCCCCUCCUGUCCCCUACAUCCAAGCAUGUAACACAGGGGGGAAGAAACCUACUGGCCUAUCAUGACUGCGGUCUGUAUGGUCACUGACACGGUUGGAUAUUCCAUCAGCUGCUUGU